AUGGCGGACGAAGUGGAGUCCCUCGAACCAAAGGUCCGUCGUAGGGAGGUGAAGAUGAGCAGACGAGACCCGUCAGAGAAGAGGGUCGCAGCCAGAGUCAACCGCCUAGAAGCCGCAAUCCAGCCUCUUAUACCACAGGAGUCUCGAGAUGGCCCAGACUUGAUUGAUGAGACUCAUGAAGACUGUCAUCUGGUCGGCCCAGCUGCAGCAUCACCGCUUUCUUGUCCUCGUUCCCCACUCCCUUCGAACUCACUUCUCUCCUUCUCCUUCCCUCCACGACCGCCCUACACCAACACUUCCCUGCCUCCUGUCGGCCCCAAUUCUUACUCCCCUCCUCCUCACCACCAUUCUCCUCCACCCUCUCCUCUCCCUCCACUCUCCCCCCCUUCAUCUUUUACUCUUUCGCACCACUCCACUGUCUCCUCAACUCUGCCGCCACCAAUGCUCCGGCCAUUCUCAUUUCCGCUACCAAUGCCGUCGCCACUCGCAUUCCCCCUUCCUCUGUCAUUGCCCCAGUUAAGAGUGCCCACUAACUCGCAUCUGCCCCAUCAACGGCAGUGGUACCAACACACCGGUUCUCAUGGCCUCCUUCAUCGGGAGCUACUCAACUAUCGCCAUGUGCUUGAGGCUUUGCAAGGCCCAUCCUCCUCCCUCAAACUGUCGCCGUCGACUUCCGUUUCGGCUGGCCCGAGAUCGCUUACAUCACCGACUCAGACGCAGAUUGGGCGGGGACUCGAACCCACUUAUCGGGACUCGAAUGCUUACCCUUUCAUCACGGGCCCCUGCAUACCAGACCCAGGGUCUCGGGCGAGGCCAGACACCAGCCCGACAUGUCUGCACAAGUUUGUAAAUGAGACGCCGGGCUUUCGCUACGACGGGAGCUGUUCAAGACGGACGGAGAACCAGAUUGCGUUACUCAGUCUCAAAGAAGCCUCCUUCGAAGAGGAGGAUGCAGACUCCCUACUGACCAAUCAUAACGUAUCCAGCUAG